CGGCACCCUCCGUAAGGACCGCUUCCUGUUUCCGGCUUCUGCUCCCGGGCUGCUGAAGCUGUUGGGGCGGGCGGAGCGGGCUGGUGCUUAGAGACGGCGCGAGACUGAAGCAGGAGCAGCAGCAGCAGCAGCAGCAUGGCAACCGCCGCGGUGAGCGACAAGCCUCUUUCCCUUCCAGGAAAGAGACCCGGAUUAAUCGCAACUUUUUUGGGUGGGGAGGAAAGGGGGUCCGGGGCGUCCCCCUGCCCUCCGUUUGCCUCCGUGCGUCGCCCUAGGGCUGCCCCCGGAGCCUCACCGGCCCCAUCUGAGGGGAGUGGGGGUGGGGAAUCUCCUCAGAAGUUUGUGCGACUCCCGACCGCAACGUGGGACAGCUCAGUUUGUCAGAACAGGAGACUCUGAAUUUCAGGGUCGCGAGUUCGAGUCCCACGUGGGGGGCAAAAAAUGGUCCUGGCUUUGCAGGGGGUCGGGCCAGAUGACCUUCGUGGUCCCUCCCAACCCCUACAAUGCUGUGGUGAUUCCCAUCAGCCCCGGCCCCCCAUGGCCAGCAGUCAGGGAUUAUUCAAGUUGCAAGAAAGGAGAUACCGACUAAACAUGAGGAAGAACUUUCCGACAGUGGAAUGGAGUCUGCCUUGGGAGGUCAUGGGCUCUCCUUCCUUGGAGGUUUUUAAGCAGAGGUUGGAUGGCCGCCUGUCAUGAAUGCUUUAGCUGAGAUUCCUGCAUUGCAGGGGGGGUGGACUGGAUGACCCCUGGGGUCCCUUCUAAAUCUACAAUUCUAUGAUGGGCAUAGUCCAGCGAGAACCGGAGGGCCACAGGUUUCACCCCCACCGCUUACUGAAGACAAAUACAUCCAUCUCAUGUGUUUUCAAAUCAGGAUUUUUCUCCAACGAGCUCCAGCUGGGAUAAAAUUCUAGAGUUGAAAGCCACCCCAAAUGGUCACCUAGACCAACCCCUGGCAAUGCAGGAAUUUCAACUAAAGCGUCCAUGUCAUUCGGCGGAGGGAACCUGUUCCACUGUGGGAUAGUCUUUGCUGUCAAGAAAGCUCCCUGUGUAGUGUAGCGAUAAAAGUGCAAAGCUAAGCAAGAUCUAGUAUGGCUUCAAAUUGGAUUGGGGCCUGCCUGUUGGGAUUCCUGCCUUUCAAGUGGUUGGGGAUCCCAUCCAACUCUACAGUUCAGUGAUUCUCAGAAAAUUCUUCCUGGUGUACAGUAUAGUCAGAAUCUCCUUUCUUGUGACUUGAAGCCAUUGAUUUGGGUCUUGCCCUCAAGAGCAGGAGGAAACAAGCUUGUUCCACCUUCUAUGUGACAGCCCUUUAGAUAUUGGAAGAUGGUUAUAAUAUCUCCCUUCAGUCUCCUCUUAUCCAUGGUUAACUUUCAUUUCCCUGCAUCAGUUAAUUUGAGACUGGUUGUCGUUAGUGAAUUUCAAGGCUGAGCUGGAUGGUGAUGGUCAUUGAAUGGCUGAGUAAGGGGUUUUCUGUCACGUCAACCACUGCACCCCUCUUAAGGACACCACAUGGGCUCUCAUAUAAGCUUUGCAGAUAUAGCCUGCAAACAUUUACGUUUUGUGGUUUUACCUUGUAAACCUUGAGGGCCCAGUCAAGGAAAAAGGCAAGGUUUUCUCUCCUCCAUCUUUGUCAUCCUUCUUUGCCCUUUCUAUAUCCAUCACUUGAUUGUUUCAGAAACUGGGUAUUCAGUAGUUGUGGAAAGUCACAUCCAAAUACAUGAAAGGAUUUAGAAUGCUUGUGUUUAGAAUGCUUUGUGGUGAUGAGGUAUGAAAUGUAGUGUAACUCUUCCUCCGAAACGUGUCCACUGAUACCUGGAUUUUGGCAGGCCUCAUUAAAUCAUUUUCUCUUUCAGGCUACCAAGGUCCCUGAAGUUCGGGAUGUCACCCGGAUUGAACGGAUUGGUGAGUUUCCAUUGCUCCUUGACCUGGGAUUGUCUCCCAUUUUUGCCUGGCGUUCCAAUUUAUUAUAUCUCUCUUCAGGUAUUUGUCUAAACACAUGGGGGUUAAAAGUGUAUAAAGAACUGGGGGCAUGCACAUGAAAGGGACUUUGCAUGCCUGACCAAACAUGCUGAGGAGCCUUUGUGCAUUUGGGAACUCUGUGUUAUUUGAAUUCUAAAUUGCACAAGGAUGCAUGUUCAGUUGAAUGUGCAUAGGUGCUCCUGGGCUCAGUGGACAGGCACUGCCAUGCCAAUGGACAUUGGGGCAGGUCUUCCAUCACUGUACACUUUUAACCUUUGGAUGGCAUCUUGUACACCUCCUUCCGGCAGCCAACUGGCAGCCAAGCUGGUGCCAAAUGUAUUGCUCUGCUUGCUUUUGGACCACAUCAGUGAGGCUGAGAAAGGGGUCAUGUCAUCUGGGCAGCCCAGGACCUCCAUGCACACUGUUUGCGCCCUGGAGAGGUCACUCUGGUGCUGUUAACGCAGCAAAAACAAUGCGGGAGGCAGCAAUACGAGUUACCAGUCUCUGCAGUCACAGCAGGCGCUGUGAUUCUACAGUGGUUUGACUUCACCCCCUGGAGACACACUCCAUUAUCUCUUGAGACAGACAGAUGACAACCGAAAGAGUUGAAGCAAAUGCCUGAAUAGGACUUGUCAAGUUCUUCAGUGAAGAUUAUGUUGCUUUCUCCAUGGAAGUAAAUGCUUUAAAAAAGCAUAUUUGAUCAAGGGGCAGGACAAGGACAGAUGGGUUUGUGGGUCACUGACCAUCUAAUAAUAGUCUACAUGUCUCUCACACAGGUGCCCACUCCCACAUUAGAGGACUUGGCUUAGAUGAUACGUUGGAACCCAGACAGGUACCUGGAAAAAGAGCUUUCAGAGAGUUGCUAGAUUGGUGUGGGUGGGUGGGUGGGUGAUUGGUAAAAUCUAAUCAAAUAGAAAGUGGAAUACUAGGAGCUUUCAGAAUAUAUAAUAACAGAUGAGUGGUACAGAGGUUGUUGCUAUGCAUUGUGGAUGUAGAGGCACUUGUUUCUGGGGCCACAUAUGUAGUAUGAUCAUGUUUUUUCUAUGCACAUAACUUUGAAAGUGCUAAAGCUUCCUGGGUUUUAACGCUGACGCGCUCACCUUGCUCUGCCUCUGGUUAUCUUUGUCCAGCCAAUUGCAGUGGAAAGUAAGGGAUUUGCCAACAUCAUAAAAAAUAUAGAUUAGCCCCUUUCCCACCAUUUUCCAUGCAAGAGGGGGAUGGGAGUGGGUUGCUGGAGGGUAAUGAAACGGUGAAUGCAAGUGAUUUGAAUGAAAGCUAUAGGUGUUGGCAUUGGGAUCAUAAGCCUUUAUGUAGCUUUUUAAUGUUUGUGGGUGCAUUCAUGGAUUUACAGGGGGCAGGGUGAAAUAAAAAGGAAUAAAUAAGGGAUAGUACAGAGUGGGAAUGAGGAGGAAGGUAGGGUGCUGUGUAUGUGUUUGAGAGGAAUACGGAUCUGUGAUUGUGCAAACAAGGGAAUAAAUGAAGUGUGGGGCCUUUUGGUUUUCCUGUUCCUUCACUGUUUUCUCUCCCUCUCCCCACCACCUGGCUAGGUGUCCCAGGGCAUGGUAGGACAACUAGCUGCCCGUCGAGCUGCUGGUGUGAUCUUGGAGAUGAUCAAGGAGGGGAAGAUUGCUGGUCGGGCCGUCCUGAUCGCUGGCCAACCAGGCACGGGAAAGACCGCCAUUGCUAUGGGUAAGGUCCAGACACUUCUGCUGACACUUGAAGUAGGGAUAGUGCCAGAGGCAGCAUUAUUAUCUAUUUACAAUGGAGUGGAAGGUUCACAGGCUAUGAAGGACUUGUUCACAAAUUUAUUGACAGCUGCACAAAUUAUUAUACAGUGGUACCUCUAGUUACAGACUCGAUGUGUUCCGGGGUGCUGUUCGCAUCCCGAAAAGUCCGCAAGUAGAGUACCACUUCUGCGCAUGCGCAUGGUGCAAUAGAGUGCUUUGCACGUGUGCGAGACGCUCAGAGCGCUUCUGCGCAUGCACGUAUGGUGAAACCCAGGAGUAUACACUUCCGGAUUUGCUGCGUUUGUAUCCUGAAAAAACACAACCAGAGACUGAUGUAACAAGGUACGACUGUAGCCAGGAAGUGGAAGGGGCAAGCAGAAUAUAAAAUGGAAGAAUGGUAUAAAGAGGUGUGGGAUAUAGCUAUUAAUGAUAAAUUAACAUGUGCCAUUAAGUUAAGACAGGGAAUAUGCAGAAAUGAUUUUGAGGAUAUAUGGAAGGCGUUUGUAGAAUUUGUACUAUUAAAAACGGAAAGGGGUCAAAUCAUCGCAAGAGGUGUUGAAAUUUUGGGAGGUUGGAUAGUUACAAUGGAAUGGUCUCGGGGGUGGGGUGCAUAUUUUUAUUCUUAUUUAUUUAUGAAUCCUACUUUGUCAAAAUAUUUUUUAACGUGUAAAAGAACGUAUAAAAUGUAAAUAAAUGUAUAAAAUAUAAAUAAAAGAAUGAAAAAAAGAGAAAGAAGUCGUGUGUUGUAAAACCAAGCUGCCAUUUCUUCUCUCAGGAAUGGCGCAGGCCCUGGGCCUUGACACCCCUUUCACAGCCAUUGCUGGCAGCGAGAUCUUCUCCUUGGAGAUGAGCAAGACUGAGGCGCUGACUCAAGCCUUCCGGCGCUCCAUUGGCGUCCGUAUCAAGUGAGGAGCAGCUGGGAGGUCUUUUGUUCUCUGGGGGUGGCUUGGGAAUUUAAAACAGGACAUUGAGGCUGGGCACUGGAGGAUUCAAACAGAAGUGAGGGGAAUCAACAAGGAGGAUUCUAGGAAGCUUUGAAAAAACUUGUUGAGCAUGAGAGCUGGGCAGCAACAUGUUUGGUGGUUGGUUUUGGCUUUUGUAGCAUUCUGCACGGUUCAUUUAAUGCCACCUUAGCUGCUAAUGGGAUAAAAUAGGUCUUCAGAAAAUAAACUAGAAGCCAGUGUCUUAAAUUCUCUGGCUGGAGAGUGGCGCACACAGCAAAGCAAGGCCUGUUGGAUUCCUCAGCUGCCUCUGAAAUUAUAUUUCCAGCUCUUCUUUUUGAUGAAAGUGUGGUACUCUGCAGUCCACCCUCUUUGCCUGCUGAGAUCAGUUUUAUCCCCUUAUUCUUGCAGGGAGGAAACAGAAAUCAUUGAAGGUGAAGUGGUUGAGAUCCAAAUAGAUCGCCCAGCGACUGGCACUGUGAGUUGAGGCUGGAGUAUAAUACAGGGAUGGCAGGCUAGCUAUUACCCAGUAAUGGCAGCACUGCACACAGCAGCCCAUUUAUCAAGGUAACAAGCGCUGGAGGGAUGUUGACUGUCUCCUUCUCAUUGCAGGGUGCUAAGGUGGGGAAGCUGACACUGAAGACAACCGAAAUGGAGACCAUCUAUGACUUGGGCACCAAGAUGAUUGAGUCCCUGACCAAGGAGAAAGUACAGGCUGGGUGAGCCAGGGCCGGGCAUGGAGGUGGGGCACAGGUGCGAAGGGAGAGCCAGUGGGGAAGGGCACAGAGAGUUAGGGUUCCUGAGCUGUCUGGUAUCUGUGAAGGAAGUCAGGAUUGCUGGUUUCUGUGGACAACAGGAAGCACACUUGAGUGACAAAUCGAAGCAGGAAAGGAUGGGGUGGGGAAUGUCUAAUAUUGAAGGAGUGAUAAAGGUGAACACAGUUCGUGAAUAGCACAGAGGAGUAUUUAAUACAUUACCUGGAAAUGAGAGGACAUGGCUUGGGAAGGCCUGAAGUUCAGCCAUCUUUAUACUUUGCCCCUACAGGCCCACAUAAAUUAAUAAUAAUAGUAAGGUAAAAAGGUAAAGGACAGUCAAAGGCGACUGUGGGAUUGCGGCGCUCAUCUCGCUUUCAGGCCGAGGGAGCCGGCGUUUAUCCAACAUUCAGCUUUCCGGGUCAUGUGGCCAGCAUGACUAAACCGCUUCUGGCACAACGGGACACCGUGAUGGAAACCAGAGCGCACGGAAACGCCGUUUACCUUCCCGCCACAGUGGUAUCUAAUUAUCUACUUGUAUAGGUGUGCUUUUGAACUGCUAGGUUGGCAGGAGCUGGGACAGAGCAACGGGAGCUCAACCCGUCACAGGGAUUCGAACUGCCGACCUUCCGAUCGGCAAGCCCAAAUGGCUUAAUGGUUUAGACCACAGUGCGGCCUGCGUCUAAUAAUAAUAAUAAUAAUAAUAUCCUGCCCAUCUGACUUGGUUGCCCCAGCCACUCUGGGUGGCUUCCAACAUAUAUAAAAACAUAAAACAUUACACAUUAAAAGGCUUCCGUAUACAGGGCUGCUUCUAAAUGUCUUCUAAAGCUGCUGACUCUUACAGAACAAACAGACAGUAUGUGUAUCCCUCCUUACAUGAGAAGAUUGACUCAGAAUCAUUAAUGUCAGAGGUCCACAAAUUACAGCUAGGUUUGGCAGCCAAGCGUUCAUUUACACUUGCCGGCUGCAAUGUCCGAUCCCACCCUGAUAGUGCAGCAACGUUACAUGAAUUUAGCAAGAAGGAUAUUGUCUGAUGAAGUUCUGCAGCUCAGGCUUGAACAGAGUGACUAGCUCAGCUUCCUAUGGCUCCACACCUUUUGAAUUUCCCCUAACUGAGGAUCCUCCUUAGCGCUGCAUUUUCUCCCCAGAGAAAUUGAAGGUUAGUUAUUGAAGGUUAGUGUAGGUUAGGCUUCUUGCCACCCAUAACCAUGAAUGGAAAGAAAUACAGCCUACCCUACUAAGCGCUCUUCAACUCGUGCAUCAGUUUUGAGGAGAGAAGAUAAAUUAACUUGCCCUCCUGAGGCGAUGGCAGGUGUGUCCUUUGCGAGGUGUCUUCCACCCAGAGCCAAAAGGCGGGGCUCAGUCCUCAUAUUUCCUCCUUCUUUUUGUGUCCGCAGGGAUGUCAUUACCAUUGACAAAGCCACGGGGAAGAUCACCAAACUAGGACGCUCCUUUACCCGGGCAAGGGACUACGAUGCUAUGGGUUCGCAGGUAUUUGCAGUGGGGGGUGAGAAGUGCAAAUUGAUGUGAGGUGAUGGGAGAUCCCAAGGCUCCGUUGAUGGUGGCUGCCUGUGAGGGGUGACCUUUGCAUGCUGUAGUUAGAUGCCAUAGCUCAGUGGAGCACCUGCUUCGCACACAGAAAGUGCCCAGCUCAUUCCCCAACAUCUCCAGGUCAAAGGAUCUCGGGGAGAUGGGCCUGAAACCCUAGGGCAGGGAUGAGGAACCUGUGGUCCUCCAGAUGUUCUUAGACUACAACUCCCAUCAUCCUUUACCAUCUGCCAUGCUGGCUAGGGCCAAUGCAAGUUGUAGUCCAGUAACAUCCCGAGGCCCACAGGUUACCCAUCCCUGCCUUAAGAGAGUUGCUGGCUGUUAGAGCAGAUAGAUGGACCCACAGUUUAAUUUCACGUAAGUUAGCUUUGUAUGUCUUUGUCUUGCAAGAGUUUCCUGCCCCUGGGCUUGAGCAUGAAUGGGCUUGGGUGCCAGGCACGAGAAGCAUUCAGGUCUUCCAACUGCCUAUAUUAUUCUCUGUCCUAGACCAAGUUUGUCCAGUGCCCUGACGGGGAGCUGCAGAAGCGCAAGGAAGUGGUGCACACAGUCUCGCUGCACGAAAUUGAUGUCAUCAACAGCCGCACACAGGGAUUCCUCGCACUCUUCUCUGGUAUGACGAUAUGGAUGAACUGGAGGGAGUGGGGUGGAAGUCGUUCAUUGGAAACCUGGAGUUGGAGCAUGGGUAGGCAAACUAAGGCCCGGGGGCCAGAUCCGGUCCAAUCGCCUUCUAAAUACUAAGAAUAAUUUUUUAUUAACCGACCAAUCACAUCAAAUCAAACCAAAUUACAUAAAUUCCAAAUUACACAGCCAAAUUUUAAAUUUUUGUUGGGCGUACCCAUAUUUCAAGUUCCGAAGGGGAUCCAAUCAACUUCUUGCUUCUUGCUGCUGUUUUAAUGUCCACAAAUCUAACCUUAUGAUGUUCACAGUACUAUCCAGUCCUUUCUUAUUGUUUUUCCACAUCUCUUGUUGUUAUUUUCAUAUAUUUUUCCUUUCUCUUUGUGACCUCUGAUAGUCUCCACAAGCUGGUUAGAACAGUUUGUAAUCCUGCGUGGAUAUUAUUAUUUUUAUCCAGUAACCAUAUCCAGACGUUUUCCAUAUAACAUCAAAACAGUCUUAGCGUCAUUAAUCUUCACCAAUCUGCCUCCUUUCUCAAAACCUCUGAGGAGAUUCACUAGGAAUGCAGUCUGAAAACAAGUCCGUUUUUCCUCCCGGCUAUAAAUCCUUUGGCAAGAUGGCAACUCCGAAUUAAUUGCUGUGCCAUUCCCAAAAGCUCUUAUUGCUUCUUGAUCUCCAUAAAGCAUACUUUUGGUUAAAGUUUAUCUCCACACAGACCUUAAUCAUCCUGCUUGGGUCAGUUCAACCGACGAUUCUAAUGAGGAGGGGUUCUUGUAAAUCACAUAGAAGGAAAGUAAAAAAGGUCCCCCCCCCCAUUCAGUCCCGUUGUCAAUAUACCCAGCCUUUGGUGUAUCUUCAUCGUAAAAUAUUCCUGUUUCUCCAACCCGUCGUCUUCUUUCGCAGAGGUCACUUAAAUUAGCAGACUUCACUCCCCUUCUUCACUUGAAAUAUGUGCAUUUGCUUCUUUUGUAAUUAAUUAUUCCAAAUUGCUGCAACUAGUGCACGAUCAGAGACAGCGUCCAGGAGAGCCAAGGUCCACAUGGGGGCAUUCUGCCUAGGGCCCUCACCCCUUCUUUCGAAUUAGGGGGUGAUUUAUGGGCACAGCAGGCAAGGGCAGUGUUCCCCAUUUCCUUGGGGCAACAAGGGAGGCUGCCUACUCCCAUAACAGCCUCUUAAUUACCCCGUGUGGGUCGGAGAGAUGGUAUUGUCGGCCAUCUUCCAAUGCGCCCCCUAGUGGCCCCCCAAUUGCCUUCUAAAUACGGUCCACGGACGGUCCGGGAAUCAGGGUGUUUUUACAUGAGUAGAAUGUGUCCUUUUAUUUAAAAUGCAUCUCUGGGUUAUUUGUGGGGCAUAGGAAUUCAUUCAUUUCCCCCCAAAAAAAUAUAGUCUGGCCCCCCACAAGUUCUGACGGACAGUGGACUGGCCCCCUGCUGGAAACAUUUGCUGACCCCUUACUUGGAGGGUUUUGCAGAAAUUUAGGCUGCUGCAUCAUUGUAUCUGGACUGGGAGUGGCCGCCAAGACCACAUAACACCAGUCCUGAAAGACCUACAUUGGCUCCAAGUACGUUUCCGAGCAUAAUUCAAAGUGCUGGUGCUGACCUUUAAAGCCCUAAACAGCCUCGGUCCUGUAUACCUAAAGGAGCAUCUUCACCCCCAUUGUUCAGCCCAGACACUGAGGUCCAGUUCCGAGGGCCUUCUGGCGGUUCCCUCCCUGCGAGAAGUGAGGUUACAGGGAACCAGGCGGAGGACCUUCUUGGUAGUGGCUCACACCCUGUGGAAUGCCCUCCCAUCAGAUGUCAAGGAAAUAAACAACUCUCUGACUUUUAGAAGACAUCUGAAGGCAGCCCUGUUUUUGAAGAAGCAGCUCUUCAUGUCUCUUCCUUCCCCUCCCUCAUCUUGUGUAUGUUCCCAGGUGACACAGGGGAGAUAAAAUCCGAGGUACGAGAGCAGAUCAACGCCAAGGUCGCCGAGUGGCGAGAGGAGGGCAAGGCCGAGGUGAUCCCAGGGGUGAGUCCUGUUUUAGAGCGCGUGUUGCACCCUCCGCUGCUCUCUUCCAUGCUUUCCUCUGGUUUGAGUGUUUUGCUGGGUGGGCAAUGCCAUUCUCCUCCUUUUUCCCCCAUUUCCCUUCCAGGUAUUGUUCAUUGACGAGGUCCACAUGCUGGACAUUGAGUGCUUCUCCUUCCUGAACCGGGCCCUGGAGAGUGACAUGGCACCUGUCCUCAUCAUGGCUACCAAUCGAGGCAUCACCAGGUUGGCAGAGUUCACCAUGGGGUGGGGCAUGGCACCAUAUCACCGGGCAGUCGGGCACUGGCCAUGGUGGCGUUUUGGCAGCUGACUAGUUGCUGAUCAGAAUCCCAUUUCUCAGUGACCCAGGCAAUGACGUAAUUCUUCCAUGCCUCCUGUAGCUAACUCUGCACCUGCCAUGAGGCAGAGCACACAAGCUGGGCAGAACACCGAAACCUCUUUUUUUGCUUCUGAAAAUCCUAGCCAGGGCCUUAUUCACUGGCAGAGGCCCCUAAGCCGGGCUAGAGAUGGGCUUUUCCUCUGCAGUCAAGAAGGCAGGCAGGGUGUUGUUAGACAAGGGCACAGUGGGAGGAUGCCUUGUGGUUGGGAUGGGGAGACUGUGAGCGACAUCUGCAGAGGCACCGGCACCCCACUUCUAGAGGGGAGGUGAUGGAGAUGCCAGCCAUCGCUGAUGAAGUCACAGCUAGAUUGCUGGAAAGCUGUUGGUAUUUAAGUAAGUGGUUUUUGAAGGCAUGGCUCUAUGUCACUGGACUGAAUGCAGCAGCGAUAUGGAGGACCUGUCCUGCAUACAGGGAGAGGCUGGGAGGAAUAUGCCUGCUGCCUAGAGGAGAUUCCUUGCCCCCAGGUGUCAGGGAAUGGUCUGAAUCAGAGAUUGGGGAAUGCAUUCUCGGGCAGAUAAGCUCCUCUUUGAAGAGGAGGAGGGGGAGAGGGAAGAUUUGCCCCCCUUGUUUCCAGUGGUUUCAGGAGCAGAGAGAGACACAGACACUGAGCAGCUUCAACAGGAGUUGCCUAGUUAUGAGAUAACGGGGAGAGAAACAGGAGGGAGGGAACAGCCAGCAGAGACGUCAUUAGAGGGUGUGGGGGACAUAGCUGUCAACUUUUCCCUUUUCUUCGAGGAAUCCUAUUCGGAAUAAGGGAAUUUCCCUUUUAAAAAGGGAAACUUUGACAGCUAUGGUGGGGGACCCUCCCUCCCCAAGAACUAGGAAGUCCGUCCAUAUUAGAGAACAAAGAAUGCAGAGGAGGAACUUUCUGUUGGCACCCAGGAUGUUGCGGGAGAUGGAAGGGGGAGGAUUUAGAGUAGCCAACUGCUCUCCUUGUGGAGAGAUGUGGAUUUUUGCUCACAGUCACCUCUCCGCUCCUCCACAUGCAGCUGCUGGGUGACCUUGGGCCAGCCACACUUCUUUGAAGUCUCUCAGCCCCACUCACCUCACAGAGUGUUUGUUGUGGGGGAGGAAGGGAAAGGAGAUUGUUAGCCGCUUUGAGACUCCUGAAGGGGAGUGAAAGGUGGGAUAUCAAAUCCAAACAGCCAGAUGACGGAAUAAAAAGGACUAUAAAAUAUAAACUGCUCGUUAAUUCUUGUCUGUGAAGUUACCGAAGGGAGGGGAGUACUCUCCACGCCUGACACCAGGCUGGCAGGAACGGAGGUCCUUCAGCCGCCUCUCAUUCUGGGUCUGUCCUCUCCGAUGCAGGAUUCGUGGCACCAACUACCAGAGCCCCCACGGCAUCCCCAUUGACCUCCUGGACCGCAUGCUCAUCAUCUCGACCUCCCCUUACAGUGACAAGGAGACCAAGCAGAUCCUUAAAAUCCGGUGAGCCAGAGGGAGCUUGAGGGCGCAGCAGUUCCUGCCUCGGAGGGAUGCUUCCACCCUGCCCGUCUUACCGCAUCACAGUUUUGCUGUUCCGGCGUCUCGCCCUGCGCUGUGGAAGCUUUCCUUAUUCUGAGCUGGAAUAUCUCUUGCAGGUGUGAGGAGGAGGAUGUCGAGAUGAACGAAGACGCCUACACUGUGCUGACGCGCAUCGGCUUGGAGACCUCCCUGCGCUAUGCCAUCCAGCUCAUCACAGCCGCCAGCUUGGUGUGUCGCAAGCGGAAGGUGAGCUCUGGCACUAUGUAGAGUCCGGGGACUUCCAACAGGGCAGCACCAUUCCAGUGCUGCCAUUCUUCAAAAGGCCAAUAAAUCCUUACUUUUUCUCCCUCUCUUCUCAGCAUGACCCACAGCUUGCAAGAACACCCUACUUGUGCCCGUGUGUGUGUGUGCAUAUCAUGAGCUUCAUUUUCCAUAAAUAAUAAUUAUUAUUAUUUAUUACUUAUACUCCACCCAUCUGGCUGGGUUUCCCCAGCCACCCUGGGUGGCUCCCAACAGAAUAUUAAAAACACAAUAAAACACCAAACAUUAAAAACUUCCCUAAACAGGGCUGCCUUCAGAUGUCUUCUAAAAGUCAGAGAGUUGAUUAUUUCCUUGACAUCUGAUGGGAGGGCGUUCCACAGGGCGGGUGCCACUACCAAGAAGGCCCUCUGCCUGGUUCCCUGUAGCUUCACUUCUCACAGUGAGGGGACCGCCGGAAGGCCCUCUGAGCUGGACCUCAGUGUCCGGUCAGAAUGAUGGGGGUGGAGACUCUCCUUCAAGCGUCUAUCCCAUUGUUCUAAAAAGGUCUAUCCCAUCCUUCUAGUGCCUGUGUGCUAUGCUUACAACCAUUUAAAAUCCCCACUGUCUUAAAAAGCGAUCAGAAGCAGAGGGGCACAGAUUACCAACUGCAUCUGCUCCUGGAUUGGAGAUGGAAGCAAGAAUGUUUUGGUGCCGUUAGGGCAGCAUUUGCCAACGUGGCUCCCUCCUGAUGUCUUGGACUGCCAACUCCCAUGAUGGGAGGUGUGUUGGGAGCUUAGAGCAGGCAUAGGCAAACUUCGGCCCUCCAGAUUUUUUGGGACUACAAUUCCCAUAAUCCCUGUCCACUGGUCCUGUUAGCUAGGGAUGAUGGGAAUUGUAGUCCCAAACAUCUGGAGGGCCGAAGUUUGCCUAUGCCUGGCUUAGAGAGUCAGUGGGAUCUCUUUAUCAAGAUCCCUAAGCUCUUGGAGAAGAGUUGAGGGGGGGAGGCAUAAAACUAGAAGCGUUUGGAAGCCCAGAGUAGUCCUCAGUUUUCAUUUCCAGGACUAGUUGGAGGGAGUUGUCUGGAGUGGUGAAACUUUGCUGGAGUUUGUGUUGUGCUCUUCUCCUGCUGGGAGCCCUGACCUCUCUCCCUCCCCAUUCACAGGGCACAGAGGUUCAGGUGGACGACAUCAAGCGCGUGUACUCGCUGUUCCUGGACGAGUCACGCUCCACUCAGUACAUGAAAGAGUACCAGGAUGCCUUCAUGUUCAAUGAACUCAGUGAGUAACAAUUUGAGGCAAAGGGAUGUGUGGGUUGAAAACCUCCUCCAGUCGGGAGCUAGGACCUGGUCAUCCUCGCUAGAGCUUUUGAAGUGUAUGUAGGACUUUUGCAGCAGAAAAACGCAGGAGGCACUUGGAAAAAAUGGAGAGCUCUGCUUUCGUCAAGGCCAGUAAAGGACAAGAACAGAGCAGUUGAAUUCCUUUAGAUCCGUUUGGGGAACUUCAAGCCCAGGGCCAAAUAAAGAAGCCCUCUCUAUCUGACGGGAGUCGGGAGAAGGUCAGCAAGAACUCACAAGGUGUCAGUGAAGUUAACAGCAACUCUUCCCAGUAGGCCUUUCCCCAACGAGGCAGCUGUAGAGAUUCAAAGGUCCCUGCCUUCCCACAGCUCCCUAAGUCUCUUCCUCCUCCUGGGUCCUUCCCAAGCAACCUGAGACUUCUCCGCCUUCUCUGUCUCUGCUCCAUCCUCUUCAUCCCUCUUCAGGUUCUAGGAGACCAGGUGGAGGGGAGCUUGUCGCAGCACGAGGGGGAGACACCUUGGCUUCUUCACCAGCCUGCCAUAUAUCUGCUUCUUGGCUCCCCAUCCUCUCCUGCCUCCACUUGCUGCUUCUGGACUGCUCUCUGCCACAGACUCUCCCUACUCACUAAGCCGGGUUACCUCUUCAGCUUCCAACGCCUCCUCUUCCCAGUCUUCUCCAACCACUCAUCAUUGUCUCACCACCAGUCCCUGGGCUCUGAGCCUACUUCCCUUAGGGGUUCCCCAGCUGGUGCCUUCCACCACUCCUCUGCACCCAGCCACUCUAUGACACUGACCCUCAGGAGUCUCCCAGGGCCAGGUCCUUCACAAGCCCUGCUUGUGAUCACCUUCAUCCAGUAAUAAUAAUAAUAAUAAUAAUAAUAACAACAAUUUGCUAUUUAUACCCUGCCCAUCUGGCUGAGUUUCCCCAGCCACUCUGGGCGGCUCCUAAUCGAGUGUUAAAAACAAUACAGCAUCAGACAUUAAAAACUUCCCUAAACAGGGAUGCCUUCAGAUGUCUUUUAAAAAUAAGAUAACUGCUUAUUUCCUUGACAUCUGAUGGGAGGGCGUUUCACAGGGUGGGCACCACUACCGAGAAGGCCCUCUGCCUGGUUCCCUGUAACCUCACUUCUCGCAAUGAGGGAACUGUCAGAAGGCCCUCAGCGCUGGAUCUCAGUGUCCAGGCUGAACGAUGGGGGUGGAGACGCUCCUUCAGGUAUACAGGACCGAGGCCGUUUCGGGCUUUAAAGGUCAGCACCAACACUUUGAACUGUGUUUUUUUUUGCUUCACUUGAAUACAUUCUGCAACUGUGAUAUUGCCUCUUGCCUGACCAAUUUCCCCUCUGGCUUUGACCACCAAGUGGUAUGUGGCCCCCAUAAGGUUGUGCUUCUCAGGCAGAAAAGCACUGCCGCCCCCUGAUUUAGAUCCUUGUUUUGAGGCGAUCCUCAAAUGCACAUUCCGGUUUGUUAAGAUGUAACUUCAAAAUGCCUACUGCAGCGCUUCUGUCAAAAAUGACAGGCAUGGGUUGAGUCCUCUUCUUCCCCCACCCCCUUCCCAAAAUGUUUGGGCAGACUUUUUAGUGUUGCUGCCUCUCGGUCAGCCAAUAACGCAGUGCAGAGUGGAGAAAACUUCCCAGGCAAGUCUGACUUGAAAAAGCAGGCGAGGAAGGAUACUUGACGUGGGAAUGCUGUUCUUGGCAAUGGGUAGCACUGAGCAUAUGAUUCUGCCUUCAAUCCACGCUGAAAAAUCUUCAAAGGACGUCGAGCCCCAGUUGCAGAGUACGAUGUCAAUUCACAGGACGGGUUCAGUACUGCAUCUGCAAAUCCACUGAAAAGUCAAGUUGCACAACAGUAAUGAUGCUUCUCAUAAUUGACAGGGGGCAAGAAUAAGCCUGGUUUUUGCUUUUUGUUCCGCGGUUAUUGGUGCAGUGUUCAUUGACCAACGUAUGCUAAUGGCUUGGGACCCAGAAAGUUGGUUCUUCUGGGGAUGAGUGGUGAUGACACUGGGCGACUUUCAUAGGAUCAGAAUUACGAAGUACCUGUGGGGCGGGUAGAAGAUAAUCCUCAACUGUUUGAUUGUUGUGCACUGCAUAGGGUAGGCCUUCCUGCUCUUAAUCCCCUCCUAUUCCUCCCAAUCCUCUGUCCUCAGUACCUGCAAGAGACGCAUGCAAGUAGGAAAAUAAUGAAAGUGUGAGUAAAGCAGCGUUUGCUUUUAGUUUGAAAGCACGGAGGUCGCAGUGCAGCAGUUGCUCCCCCGGUAGCCUAGCGAGUAACCCAAUUUGGGCAGGGGGUGGCAGAGAGAUAGCAGGAACUUCCAAAAAUUGUGGUGGUGCAUUCCCUCCCCCCUGCAUUUCAGUAGACUUCCCACCUGCUCUGGCAGCUUUGCAGUUGUACUUGCCCUUGAGAGCUUUCUGCUCCCUCUCCUUGCCCAGAGGUCCCCCAUUUGUGCCCUACGGCUUUCUAGGCCAGAGUGGAGUGCCAAGCUAGCAGCACACAGUCAGCUACUGGGGAGGAGUUAACCAUCCCACUCACGUGUUGACCACCUUGUGAUCAAUGCUAUUAGCUGCCUUUGCCAGGAAGGCAGUUCAACCUACAUCACGGGCAUGCAGAGAGAUUGUUUCAAGUCCUCUGGUACCUCUUCUGUGUGGGGUCUCUGUCAGCUUGAAAGCUUACAACUGGGGACUCUUAAAAUUCACAAGUGGCAGGGAUGAUGUUCUUUGUUUUACGGAGGAAGACCUCUUUGAGAUCCUCUUUUUUGGGGAGGCGGGGAGUGUGUUCUUCCAUCUUGAACUCUUGCACCCGCUUUUUGUUUUCCAGAGGGAGAGACCAUGGACACGUCUUGAUGGGCGUCCUCGUCAUACCUGCCUCAGGUUGUGUGUGUGAAUGGAUGUUCUUGUAUUAUUAUUUUGUAAAAUAAACCUUUUGGAGAAUUCCUGCUGUGAUUACAGUGGUAAGGCAAGCAGCAGCAGAAUGAGGGGCAGUCUGGUGUUUCAGCAAACGUUUUAGCCUUCUUUGCCUUGUGCAGUAAAUGGAAAGGGCCUCUUUGGAGCUGCGUACUCUGUGGCUCAUACAAAAGAAUGUGAUGCUUUCAAGUACAUUUCAGUGCUCAACUUCACAUUUAAUUUUGUCACCCUUUCUUAAUCUGGUGCGGAACGUUGGCUCUGCUGAGGGGCAGGGAAUAAGUAUAACCAGACUAGAGCUUUUCUAAAGCAAGAGCUAAUUUGUCACCAGUCUUUUAUCCUUCUCCAACUGUUCCCUAUAGUUCUAGGCAUGCUAGCCCAAGAGCAGAAUUGUUUCCAAAAACAAGUCUUAAUGUAAAUUCCCCGUUCUGGCUUUAUUUGGGUGACAAAGAGAUCUAUAGCUCUCACCUGAAAAAUAAGAGGACAAUUGUUUGGGUUCCAAAACUUUUAUUUCUCAUGGUUUCUAAAAUGCCUUUUCACAGGGGAAAAGGGAAUCCUAUUAUAUAGUCUCCACUCCCAUUUUCAAACAGCCUGAGGACGUUCUAUAGCCCAAAGCGAGGGUCCCCUUUGACCAGCAGGGGGAGCCAUCACACUUCAUAAGUAUACCUUUCUUUGGCAACAGAGAGGUACAUUUCGAAAAAAAGGCUCUGUCAGAUGGGUGCAAAUAGCAGGACAGUGUCAUCCCUCAGAAAAUUGCCGGUAAAGUGACUCUAGUUGAGAAUCUGCAAACUGAGGCACAAAGUGAAUCUUGAGGAUUUCAGAGAAACCCUCGUCCAACGAUGGUUCCACAAACUUAUUCCUAGCAGAAAGAGAGAGAGAGAGAGAGAGAGAGAGAGAGAGAGUUUUAAGUGAUGUUUCAGAGAUGCAGCCUAUUCAGUCCUCAGCCUAUUUUUUGGAACUAAGUUAGUGUUAAGUGCAUAUAUUUUUACUUGGGUGUUUCAUGGCGAAACUUAAAAAUGAAAAUGGACAUGGGGAGAAGUGUCUAAUCCCCCACAGUACAUCUCAGGGUUGAAGUUCAAAACAGGCCAUUUCCCCUUUGUUUCUACACAAACCACCUUGAGAGCUAGUAGUUUGUUUUUAUCAAGUGAGAGCUGGGUGAUGGGAACAUGCAAUAUUUGUGCAUAACAAACACAACAAAAUAUAGUUUGUUCAACGCAAGUGUACAAUUCUGCUUUCUUCAUUCUUUAGCGGGUGACGGCUAGCUGCCAAAGAAAUCAGGGUGGCGGUACAGAAACAGCCUUCCCCAUCAGUGGCCGGACCUACAUUUGGGGGGCCCUGAAGCUUGAACUGUUACUGGGGGGGGGGGGGCCUCGCAACCAGCAACGAGGUCUGGGCAACCACCACUGCUAUCUUCUUCAAUGGGGUUGUUCUACGACAGAUCGUCACACCUUUACAAUAUCUGUGCUACUGACUCUCAAAACUUUGGGACUGCUGAAGAAUAUACAACAAAAAAUCAAUUUGAGUUGUGCGACUCAGAUUGGGUCUACUAGAAAUGUUAAGCAACAUGGCCUAAAGUCGCUUCUGGGGCCAUUGGGAUUAGGGCCCCCAAAGCUUAAGAUUCAUUAGUUUCAUAGGAGCUGCACCCUUUUCCCCUCCUCAUGCCACUACAAGCUUCCCUCCCUCCUAUAAGUAAUUCAGAAACUCACUUAUAACUGUUCAGGACGAUAUCAUUCACGGGCACAUGCCCCUUUUCCGUCAUUUCCCGGAACUGAAAUGAAGAAGAAAAAGAGGUUGCUCUCUAGUCAUUCUGGGGGCUGCUUAUUUGAACAAGACAUGGGGAUGUUCCCCUUGGGGGCAAGCUGGCUGGUGUCAGAGCAUGAAGAAACGAGGAGGAUCCACUUCAGAAGUGCUUCCCACAGCACACAGUUAAUCUGCACUGGCCAAUAGCCUACACAGCUAGCAAAGAGGACUGGGUAAGUUCAUGAAGGAUGUGCUUUGAUUAGACACAACAGAAAGACAGAAGGAAACAAAACAAAACACGGGGGGGCAGCACUAACUGGAAAGAGACAAAGGGAAACUCCAGGAGCUUGGGGGCACAUGUCAAGUAGCAAUCUAUUUAAAACGUGUCCCGUCCCUCCCACAACACAUCAGAGUAAACAGAAAUCCAGACUUCACUUUCAGAGUAGUUUCGGCUACAGUUGUACCUUGGUUCUCAAACGCCUUAUGACUCGGAAUGUUUUGGCUCCCGGGUGCUGCAAACCCGGAAGUGAGUGUUCCAGUUUGCGAACGUUUUUCAGAAGCUGAACGUCCAACACAGCUUCCAAUUGAGUCCAGGAAGCUCCUGCAGCCAAUCGGAAGCCGCGUCUUUGUUUUCAAAAGUCAGACGGACUUCCAGAACGGGUUCCGUUCGUGAACCAAGGUACAACUGUAUAAGAUACGGCGGGUUAAGAAUGCUGUACAUCACUUCUGAGAGAGGCUAUUCAUAAACAGAAGAGGUACACGUCACAGUCUUAGGUUGCUGAGUUAAAGCAGGAAUGAAGUAACUUUUUUGGCGGUGGACCACAUGCCAGUGAUGUGCCAGAAAUGGGUGCUCCCUCCAUGUCACAUGACAUUAGGUUGAGGGUCGCAGAUGCCUCAACCCUUAACAAUUUGGAAAAGCAGGGGCUCAAAUCCAGCCAUCUCUCCUAAAUCCCAGGGCUCUCAUUUACUAAACUAUUGACACUGUCCAUCAGGGCACUUCUCCAAAGACAGGUGGCUCCCUAACAAACCAAGGUCUCCCAUGAGUCACUUUGUGGUACAGCUCUCCGAUAAAUAGGCAUCUCCAGCUCUGGGAAGGGGCAGCCUGACAGUUUGGCUAAUGAUAAGGCUGACUAUACGAGAGAGAGAUGGAGAGAGAGAAAUCCUUUUGCAGUCUUGAUUUAUUUCUCCAGAACCGGGGUGAAAGCAGAAGAGUGGGGAACACGAGUUCAAACAGGUGAUCUGGUCCCUCCUCUGGAGAAAAAGAGGCAGAAGCUUUUUGAUAACUUUCCUAACAAACUACUCACUCUGUUGUUGUGCUUGGCUUGUUCCAAUGAAGCAGUGAACAGGAAACAGCGGCAGGGAACGCCGGCUUCCUUGGCGCACUCAAUAUACCUGGUGGGGGGGAAAGGGCACAAUGGUUUUUUAGAGAACUUUGGAAGCCUCCUGCCUGCUGGAUGAGCAACAUCACCACAUCUGGUGACCAGAGAAGCCUCACCUGGAUCUUGAUUCCAAGUCCGGAUUGGUGUUGUCCACUAUUACGCUCUUCCCUGCCUGCAGUGCUGCUUGGCAUGUGGCCACACACUUCUGCCAUGAGCCAAGUGUGUCCUGUAAGGGGGAGUGGGAGAAGAUGGGUUAGAAGAGAGGAGAGGAGGAGGAAGAAGACAGGCAGGACCAUCCUCUUGAAUUCAGCAGGACUUACUCCCAGGCAGCCGACGUCUCCUACUUACCCGGUUGGCAUAGGCGUAACCAGCAGAGGCCAAAUGUCGCUUCAAAAAAGUUGACUUGCCAGCUGGAGCGAGAGAAGAAGACGGUGGUGUUAAAAGCAGUGUUAGAAUCUGAGAUAUGAAAGCAAGGAGCUAAAUGGCACCUUAAGCCCAGGUUGUGGCUGCAACAGCGUAAUGUCCAGGCACACUUUUUUUUAAUAACAAGAAUACAUAGCUGAAAAUGAAUGAACUGCAGCUAAAAUAUUAUGUUCAUUUUUUCACAUGGUCUAGUCCUCCUUCCCCUGCCCACCCCCCUAAUAUUCUUAAGAGGGUCUCUUCUCCAGUCUUCAGAGAGUGGCUUGAAGUGGGGAGGCAGAAAAAGGUCCUCCUUUCCUUCCACUCUGCAGUUUUAAUCUGAAAUCGUAGGCGCAGUACUGCUCCCAGAGCUCAGAAACUGCUCGCGCUACUGAAAUUCCCUGUCGAAAAAUGCGCCGAGAGCAAUCGGAGUUUUGAACUCUGGUUAAAAGAUAAAAUGGUAGAGCAGCGUUUCCCAGGGCUUUUUGACCCAACAUCAGUUGUGGCACCGUACACUUUGCUAGAAAUAUUUACAUCCAUCUCAAAGGUCCCUGCUGCAGACAUAGCUUUGAUACUCUGCAACAUUGUCCUCGCAGCAUCCCUGACUAUCACAAGGCCCUCCUUUUCUUUCUGAACUAGCUCUUUAAUUGGGAGCACCGCCAUUACUAGGAGAUGUGUUCUUUGUUCUCUCGCUGUGUUUCUAACUGGUAAGAAGACUCCUUUUCCUUUGUUCUGCUUAUCUAUUGCCACGGGGGAGGAAGCUGGUUCCCUGAAGCCUGACAUCCAAUUGGGCUGUUAGUAAAGGUGCCUUAUUCCACAAUUCUACUGCUCUGUAGCAUAAGCCUCUCUAGCGAAAGCACAGCCCCAUCAUUCCGAGCCCAAUUCCCCCCAGCCUUUUGACCAGGGGUAGACAACCUAAGGUCUGGGGGCCGGAUGCGGAUCAAACACCUUCUAAAUCCGGCCCACGGACGGCCCGGGAAUCAGCGUGUUUGUACACGGGUAGAAUGUGUCCUUUUAUUUAUUUAUUUAUUUAUUUUUAAAAUUCUUUUUAUUAAUUUUCAUAAGCAAACAGAAAAACAAAACAACCGUAC